CAAAGUCACAUUCAUCUCCUUUCAUGAACAGAUGCUAGACUGCAUUUGAAAUAAAACUGGUUAUCUCUGAAGAAAGAAAGAUGUUGCCUCUGAUUUGGAUUUUUCUGACCGCAAACAUUUUGUGUGUCUCGGGGACAAGUUUAGUUCAUGUUCCCUGUGAUGACAAGACUGUGGAGAAGUUGUCCCGACUGGCCGUCACGUACAUAAAUGAGGACAGACAAACAGGUUACAAAUUUGCCCUGAACAGAAUCACAAACGUUCAGGCGCAUCAACAGGGUCCAGCUGGAAAGGUCUAUUAUCUUGAUUUGGAUGUCCUUGAGACCAAGUGCCAUGUCCUCAGUCCCAAAUCAUGGAAGAAAUGUACUAUAAGACCCUUCAUGGAAACACAAAUCUCUGGAAACUGUAACACCACUGUGCUUCACACACCAGAGGGUUUCUCUUACCUCUACAGCUAUGACUGCACACUCGUACCAGACCCUCCAGAGAAGUUACGCAUGACAUGUCCAGACUGUCCUCUGCUGCUGCCGGUUGACAGUAAUGAAGCCAUGGCCGCAGCUCGGACGUCCCUACUUAAAUACAACAGGCAGAGCACACUUCCUCUUAGCCUGACUGUGAACACCAUCACCAGAGCCUCACAUCAGAGCUCCCCUUUCCCCGCUAGUUUUGUGGAGUACACCGUUCAGGAAUGCUCAGUCGCUUCAUUCCCUGAGGUCCUGUGUGAGCCAGGACAAGAAGGUAAAGAGCCUGUCGGGUUCUGUGUCGGGGAGGUUCUUGGCCACGGCCAGCAAGAUGUGAAGGUGUCCUGUGAAAUAUUUCGCCCACAGGUACAUGUUGUCAAUCCGACACAGCAAGGGGACAAGUUUUCCAAAAGUCCAAUCCAUAAUGCUCAUAUUCCUCAUAUCCAUAAGCCCUCAUUCCAAGAUGUUAAACCAGUAACACCUCAGUUAGCCGACCCCGUAUUUCAGGCCAUCCCUGCAGGACCAGACUCCACCGUUCCCACCUCUUCCAGUGAAUCCACCGAAUCUUCCGAGUCCGUCUCAUCCGAGGAAGCGGGUGGUUCUGUUCGUGCCGUCAAACCUCCGCUGAACUUCCGUUACGUGCCACGACGUCAGAGGAGGCAGAUACCCACAAGCACCGCACCUCCUCAUUCACCUGUGUUCCUGAGCGUCUUUCCCAGCGCCCCGUCUCCAUUCCGCUCCUGUCCGGGAGUCUCUCGCUACACCACCGUCUAGAGAGCCUUUAGUCAUCAAGCACAAAAUUUACAAUUUAAGUCAAAGAAAUAUUUUAAAAAAGGUGUGUAAUUUAUAAAGUACAGGUCAAAUGUGAUACUUAACAGUUUUCUUACAAAGCCUUGUCAAAACCAGCAAAGUAAUAUUUAAUUCUACUUUCUAUGAAACUUAUUAAAAAGUUCUUCAAACCUCUGAUAAUGUCACUUGUUGCAAAUAUCAAUUAUGUACCUGUACAAAAAACAAACUUUUGCAGGAAAUGGUGUCUUAAAUUUGCAGGAAAUGGUGACAUUUAUGCACCAUGAGAACCUUUUAAAUAAACCAUUCAUUUUA